AUGGGGUGUCUGCGCUUCAUAUCCAAGUACCAGCUGGUUGACGUCUACGUCGUCAUUUUCAUGGUCGUCUUCCUGCACUUUGCGCUCCUCCGGGCCACGCCGCUGCCCUCCGCCUUCUCCUUCCUCGCCUACUGCCUCCUCUCGAUCUUCGCGACUGAGUCCCUCUACUUUGUCUUCACGGCAUUCCCGCGAGACACAGCGAGCCGCAGCGCGUCACCCGUGCCAACGGCGUCUCUGCCGCCUCCUCCUCAGUCGCCGUCGUCGUUGGCCUCUCGUCUUCCGCCGCGACCGCUGCAGGCUCCCUGGACUGCCCGGGCGUCGGGGUAUCGCCCGCCGGCGCCGACAGUUCCAGUGGCGGCCGCGGCGCGAGCUGGGGAGACUUUCGGCGACCGCCGCGGGCCGCCAGCGAAGGCGCCAGAGCGAGCCGAGGAGGCGUGCCGAGUGGGAGCCGUUCCCGCGGGCGAGCUAGGAGACGACCGCAAGAGCGAGGGGGAGACAGAGGGGACGCCUGUCUCGGCGCUUCAACCGACGGUCUCCGGAGCGCCGUCGGGGUGCUGCAGCCACAGGCGCUAUCGGCCGUUCUCUGCUCCAGUUUCCGCCGCGCCGGUGGGCGUCGCUCGUCGGCAGCAGGCCGCGACGUCGCUGCAUGCCGGCGGAUUCUGGGCGAGUGACGACGCGACUUCCGUAGAGUUAGGAGACGCGUCUCCAGCGUGUCUCGCAUGUUCGCGCCCCACCACGCGCCUGUCGGUGGGCUGCGGUUCUGCGCGGCCUUCCUGCCGCCCCAGCUGCGAGCCGGCGAAGCUCGGCGUCGGCGAAUGCUUUUUUCGGUCGUUCUUCCUGCUUUUUUUCACGUUAAUUGCUGGCGUCAGCGCCCGGCUCGCGUGGGAUCUGCCGCUGCUGCAUGUGUCGGUCUCCGUCGGCGAAGAAAAGGAAAUCGGCCUCGAUAGCAAGGUGCUGUCGUUCGCGCAGCUCGUUGAGGAAUCCUGGUGUCUGGGCGUUGCUCUCCCGGCGAUGGUCGUCCUCGUCUUCUUCCCUCUCGUCUGCGCGUUUGUUCACCUCCUCGCCGCGGCCCUGGCGAUGUUCCUUCUGCUUCUCUUGCGGCUCCUCGUCGGACCCAACACGGACGCAACUCUCGCCGGCGGCGCAGAGGGAGACCUGGAGAUGCGGGCGGCGCGAGGACCGGCAUCCCGAAGAAGCCGAGGGACGCGGCGCUCGCCGCUCUUGCGGCUGUGCUGCCGAUCCCAGUCGCUGCCUCUGUUUUUGAAAAGCUGCAUCUCCUCUCUCCUCGCGGUCGUUCACCUGCUGACCGACUGGGCGAUGGCAGACGUCUUCGCAAUUGGGCUCCUGACUGCGUACUUCACGUUCAACGCCGUCCACGUCCUCGCGGCCAGCAUUCCCUCUGUCUCUGCGCCGUCGCCCGCGGCCGCGAGCCUCUUGUCUGCGCCUCCAGCCGCCUCCUGUCUCCUUCCCGCGGGCCUCUCGGCUCUGUUGAACUCACUCGCAGACGCGUUUGCGCCGCGAUCCGGAUUCUGGGCCUCCAUGGUCUUCGGCGCCGCGGCCUGCCAGCUGCAUCAGCUCCUGCCCUCCCGCGCACGCGUCGAAAAGCUCCUCGCCGCAGCGGAGCCCGCCGCGCGAACGCCGCGAGGAGGUGGCCGGCAUCCUGAAGUGGAGGCGCAGCAUGCUCAGAUGUUUUCGCUGAGGGCGGGGGGAGACUCCGCGGUCGUGUCCCACGUCAACGCAGGCCCCCGUGCCUCCUAUUCCUCCUCUGCGCCCUCAGUCUGCGUCGCGCUGCCUCCCCCCGCCGCCCCGACAGAGCGCGAGGAAGCGGAAGGCGCAGCGACUACAGGCCGACUGCUCCCAUUCCGCGGCGGAGGGCUGUGCAGGCGAAGAAGGCAGGGACAAAGGUGCGAAGCGCGCGGUCUCGCCUCAUUCGGGGAAAAGCGGUCGCAGCUCUCGCGGCUUUCGACACCGCUGCUGGGGGUACAUACGCCUGCGGCUGCGCCGGAGCACCUGCGGUUCUUCAGCUCCCUCUCUGCAUCCACCUCCGCCGUUUUUCCGCGCGACAUGUCGGCGCAUUCUUCCUUCGUGGCGGCUGCUGCCAGCGGCGAGGAGCUGCUUUGUUUUUUUCCAGCGCGGCGACAAGGCGAAGGCCCGCAGAGCCUCGGUGCAGCGGACGUCCGGUCUGCGAGCGAAUGCGACGGCGGUGCAUGCGUCGCGCAACAGGGGGGGCUGCAGACAGCUCAGCUGGAGGCGAGCGUUUCAGAGGAGAGUGUUUCGGCUACGUCUUUUAGGAGAGAACGCAGCGAUGGUGCACGCAAGGCGCCGCGCGGCAGACGAGACGACGGGGCCAAACCCAGCAGGAGGGGAGGCGUUGAAAACGCCGCUCUGGGAGAGAGUCCCUCCGCUUUCUCCCAGGACAAGGAUCGCGUCUCUGAAGAGAAGAAAGACAGCUCAGGAGCCUCUGCUGAUUCCCCAGUUGAGCGGCCUCUCUGUGACUGCGCAUUGCCUCAUGAGGCGCACGAGAGGGACUACGGAAGCGCGUCUCUUUUCCAGUCGCUUGACGAGGUGGUGGGGACUGUGCCGCUGCUCGCUCCGCCUUUUCUGAGGACUCCAUCCGACGACACAAGACGGCUGGCGCUCGUCAGAGAUCCGCUGAGUGGCUCGCGGAAGCCACAGGUGGAUGAAAACCGGCUGUCGACAGAGAAGAGAAGGAAACCCACUCAUUGGCGGUAUCUCACUUUGCAGGUCCUCACGCGCUUGACGGCGGUGGUCGCUCUCUUGGCUGCGCUGUUUCUGUGGCCCAUUGAGAAACCCAGGAUCCUCGACCUCGAAAUUAUCAACGACAAAGUGGGCAAGUACUACCCAGUCAUCUCCCGAGGGGUGAAGCCCCUCAUUCCCGCGACGGUAGGAAACUGCACGGCGACGGGGCCAGAUCUCCCACCAGAGCCUUGCGCCGGACACGACAUCCUGUACCACUUUCGAAAUUUUUACUACGAAGCCACGGCGCGAUGGAUCACGGGCGUCAACACAACUGAGAUAGAGUAUAUUCGGCUGAGCAACCGGCAAGCGGAACCGACAGCGCUUUGCGGGGCCCGGGAAGACGCUGAAGAGAGGCCUGCACGGCUGCGACAAGGAGGCUGGGUUACCGGCGGUGAAGACGAAACCUGGCUGACUGUCGACAUCGGCGGCCGCAUAUCGGAGUUGAAUUUGUCUCUACGGAUCGGUCAGUGCAUGACGCCUGAUGCGUGGAAGGCGCCGACGUGCGACACGCUGUGGGACAACACAACGAGUUGCUGCGGAAAGAAUAUCACGUUUUCAGCGCAGCUGGAGGCGCGGUGUACAGACACCCCGCCGACGUAUUUUUCGGCGUUCAACGUCACGGACUUUCACGUCUCUCCGCUCAAAGUCAACGAAUCGGUGCUUGGCCUGUUCAACGUGACGGUAGCCAAUAUCACGAAAGGUGUCGAGCGCGAAAUCAAGGCUCAGAUCCAGUCCUUUCUCUCGCCGGAGAACCGCUUCAUUCCCUGGGACGAAGACACAAAGCUGUCCCUCCAAGAGCUCGCCAAUCACCUCGUCGCGGUCAACGCACCCGCCGGCUUCCACUGCCGGGCUCCGCCCAACGCGCAGAAUCCACUUUCAGGAACGGGGGAGAUACGUCUGGGGUGCGCAAACGUAAACCGAAUUCGCGAAGAACUUUGA